UCCAGUGAGUCUGUGGCUUUACAUCUGGUGGGCUGUGUGGGAGAGUGCGGAUGGAACGCAGCUUGGGGACAGACUGCUUUCUGUCUCUGAAUUGGAGUGACUUAAUGGCUACCCCUUCCCUCACCAUCUCCCCCCAUGAAAGUCCUGAACUACUCUGAAGCCCCUGCCUCCAUCCAUCUGGUCUGGUGAGGUAGUUGAGGCCAAGGGGAGCUGAGGGAGCGUAAACUAGAUAUGGACUUUGCUUUAUAGGAAACUUGGUGAACGGGGGAGGAAGCAGAGCCCACAUAGCAAAAACAGCCACUCUGGCCAGGGCCAGGCUGUGGCCAAGGUAGGGAGGUGAAGAGGUUGGGUGACCGGGUCCUUGGUUUGAAGGAGGGGCUUGUCUUGGGGUGUACACACCCAUCCUUGUGCUGCCAAGAAGGACGACAGCGUCUUAGAAAACCAGACCUUUCCAUUGACCUCUGUAUUGUCUGCCUGGGGCCACUCCGGACGAUUAGGAGCAGUGGCGGCUACCUUAUCUGGGGCCUGCAGGCGGGUGGUAGCUGCCCCUAACCACCCGCCGUUCUAAGGCCCGGGAGCCGCGGUCACGCUUCCUCUCCCUGGCCCAGCAUCACGUCGUGUCCCCGCGCCCUGCGCAUAAACAGGUUUGCACACUCAGUGUGGGAGGACACGUAGACUGCCGCCUUGCACCGAGUCUUGCCUCGGAAUAAGGCUGAAGGCGGGGGCGUGGAAGGGUGAGGGAGAGGAGGGCAAGCAACCGGGGACGGGGUGGUGGCUGAGGUGAGGGGCAGUGCCUGCGGAUCCGAGCUGUUCGUGGCUCCGAGGGGGCGGCCCUGGGGGAGGGGCGUGGCCGGGGGCGUGGCCGCGGAGCAGGAGAGCGGGGACUGGGGCCCCAGUAGCUCGGCGAGAGCGCUGCGCACCCUGUCAGGCCGCCGCCUCUCCUGCAGCCCGGCCGACCCACCCUGCCGGGGCCCUUCCUCAUGCUGACAGGCCCAGCCCCAGAAACGGCCCCCAUGUCCCAGGUGGAGGCCGACCUGGCCCUGCGGCCGCCGAAGCCUCUCGCCGCGGCGGGGCAGCCCCGCCUCGGGCCACCUCCUCGCCGGGCGCGCCGCUUCUCCGGGAAGGCUGAGCCCCGGCAGCGCUCCUCCCGUCUCAGCCGCCGCAGCUCCGUCGACUUGGGUCUGCUGAGCUCUUGGUCCCAGCCAGCUUCACCCGUUCCGGAGCCCCCUGAUCCUCCGGAUUCUGCUGGUCCCGGCCCCGCGAGGAGCCCACCGCCUAGCGCUGAAGAGACCCCCGAGGGCACGCGGACCGGGGAAACCCCGGUGAAGCCUGCAGACUCCACGCAUCGGGAGCUCGCGGGCUCUGCAGGAGGCCCGGGGGCCCGGGAACCGCCAAGGACCCCUGAAGCCGCUGCCCGGGAUCGGCGGCGGGAACAGGAGGAGAAGGAGGACACGGAGACCCAGGCAGUGGCAACGUCCCCCGACGGCCGAUACCUCAAGUUUGACAUCGAAAUUGGACGUGGCUCGUUCAAGACGGUGUAUCGAGGGCUGGACACCGACACCACGGUGGAGGUGGCCUGGUGUGAGCUGCAGACUCGCAAACUGUCUCGAGCUGAGCGGCAGCGAUUCUCUGAAGAGGUGGAGAUGCUCAAAGGGCUGCAGCACCCCAACAUUGUCCGCUUCUAUGACUCGUGGAAGUCAGUGUUGAGGGGUCAGGUUUGCAUUGUGCUGGUCACGGAACUCAUGACCUCCGGCACUCUGAAGACAUACCUGAGGCGGUUCCGAGAGAUGAAGCCGCGAGUCCUUCAGCGCUGGAGCCGCCAAAUCCUUCGGGGGCUGCACUUCCUACACUCCCGAGUACCCCCCAUCCUACACCGAGAUCUUAAGUGUGACAACGUCUUUAUCACCGGCCCUACAGGCUCGGUCAAGAUUGGGGACCUGGGCCUGGCCACGCUCAAGCGCGCCUCGUUUGCCAAAAGUGUCAUUGGUGCGUCCCUCCAGGAGGGUCCUUGGAUUCCACGUCAGAAGAGAUCCUGUGGACCCCCUUUCCCAAGCAGGGUCCUUUGUUAUCCAGGGAAUCAGACCAUGGGGAAAAUGGGGAGCUCUAUGGCCUCGCCUCUUCCCUACACACUGUCCCCCCACGAGAUGGGGAAGGUGUUCACUUGCACUCCAGAACCCCUGCCCCACCCCAGCCCAGCCUACAGUACAACCAAGGGGAGGGACAAAGCCACAGGGAGGCUCUGCAGCCCGAUGCCUGCUGUGGAUCCUACAGGUACUCCAGAGUUCAUGGCCCCUGAGAUGUACGAGGAAAAGUACGAUGAGGCCGUGGACGUGUAUGCGUUUGGCAUGUGCAUGUUGGAGAUGGCUACCUCAGAGUACCCUUACUCGGAGUGCCAGAAUGCCGCACAAAUCUACCGCAAGGUCACUUCGGGCACUAAGCCUAACAGCUUUAACAAGGUGAAGAUGCCUGAGGUGAAAGAGAUCAUUGAAGGCUGCAUCCGCACAGAUAAGAACGAGAGAUUCACUAUCCAGGACCUUCUGGCUCACGCCUUCUUCCGUGAGGAGCGCGGUGUGCACGUAGAGCUGGCAGAGGAGGACGACGGUGAAAAGCCAGGCCUCAAGCUCUGGCUGCGCAUGGAGGACGCGCGGCGGGGGGGACGCCCACGGGACAACCAGGCCAUUGAGUUCCUCUUCCAACUCGGCCGGGAUGCAGCCGAGGAGGUGGCUCAGGAGAUGGUGGCCCUGGGUUUAGUUUGUGAAGCUGAUUACCAGCCAGUGGCCCGAGCAGUGCGUGAACGGGUUGCUGCCAUCCAGCGAAAGCGUGAGAAGCUGCGCAAAGCUAGGGAGUUGGAGACCCUCCCCCCAGCACCAGGACCCUCACCAGCAGCUGUCCCCAUGACUCCUGGUCCUCCUAGUAUCUUCCCCACUGAGCCUGAGGAGCCAGAGGCAGACCAGCACCAGCCCUUCCUCUUCUGCCAUGCCAGCUAUUCAUCUACCACCUCGGAUUGCGAGACUGAUGGCUACCUCAGCUCCUCUGGCUUCCUGGAUACCUCAGACCCUGCCCUUCAGCCCCCUAGGGGGGUGCCAUCCAGCCCUGCUGAGCCCCAUCUCUGCCUGCCCUCGGCUUUUGCCCUAUCCGUUCCACGUUCUGGCCCUGGCAGUGACUUUUCCCCUGGAGACAGCUAUGCCUCAGAUGCAGCUUCAGGCUUUAGCGACAUGGGAGAAGGGAUGGGACAGAUGAGGAGACCCCCCAGCAGAAAUCUCCGGCGCAGACCCCGAUCCCGGCUGCGGGUCACUAGUGUCUCAGACCAGAAUGACAGAGUGGUUGAGUGCCAGCUACAGACGCACAACAGCAAGAUGGUGACCUUCCGAUUUGAUCUGGAUGGGGACAGCCCAGAAGAGAUUGCAGCUGCCAUGGUAUAUAAUGAAUUCAUUCUGCCCUCGGAGCGAACUGGAUUCCUGAGCAGGAUUCGUGAGAUUAUCCAGCGAGUGGAGACCCUAUUGAAGAGAGAUACCGCUCCUGUGGAGGCUGCUGAAGACCAUCUGGACCCUCAGGAGGAGCCAGUGCCGUUGCCUGCCCUCUCGGGCCCCCUCCCAGACCCAUCCAGUGCAGAACUCCAGAGCAGCACCUCCCUGGAGCAGAGGAGCUGGGAAGCCUUCUCUACUUCCCCAUCCUCUCCUGGAACCCCCAUGUCUCCUGGAAACCCAUUUUCCCCUGGAACUCCUGUUUUCCCAAGCCCUGUCUUCCCCCCCAUUGCUUCUCCCCCAUGUCAUCCCAGCCCCUGCACAUCCUCCCAAGUCUCCUUAAACAUUUUUCCACACCCCCCCAGCUCUCUGCUUCCUUUCUCCCCCAGUGCAGCCCAGUCUCCAGUCCCAUCCUCUCAGUCUCCACCAAGUUCUUUCAUCCCCAGUUCUCCACCAUCCUCCUCUCCCAGUUGUCCCCAGGGCGCUCUCACUCCUCCUCCAUUUCCCCUGUGCUCCUCUACUUCUCCCCUCCCCUCCACUCCAGCAGCCCCUCUCCUCUCUUUGGCCAGUGCCUUCUCACUGGCUGUGAUGACUGUGGCCCAGUCUUUGCUGUCGCCCUCACCUGGGCUCCUUUCCCAGUCUCCUCCAGCCCCACCUGGUUCCCUGCCUGGCCUGCCCUCUCCCCAACCCCUUACUCCUUGUGUCCAGGAGAGGCCUUCACCCCUAACAGCUGAGAUGCAGAGCGAGGCCUUGCCAAAUCCUGCUCGGCCACUCCUGGGUGAAGCCAGAUUAGCACCCAUCUCUGAAGAGGGAAAGCCCCAGCUUGUUGGGCGUUUCCAAGUGACUUCAUCCAAGGAACAAGCUGAGUCUCUUCCCCUGCAACCAGCAUCCGCAGUUCUCUCCAGUUCCCUGAAGCCAGCAACUCCUCAGCUGACCUCGGAGAGUUCGGACACAGAGGACAAUACUGGAGGCGGGCCAGAGGCCAGGGAGGCUCUGGCUGAGAGCGACCGUGCAGCUGAGGGCCUGGGGACUGGAGUAGAAGAGGAAGGGGACAAUGGAAAGGAACCCCAAAUGGGGGGCAGCCCCCCACCCUUGAGCCAUCCCAGCCCUGUGUGGAUGAACUACUCAUACAGCAGCUUGUGUCUGAGCAGUGAGGAAUCAGAGAGCAGUGGGGAAGAUGAGGAAUUCUGGGCUGAGCUGCAGAGUCUUCGACAGAAGCACUUGUCAGAGGUGGAGGCACUACAGACUCUACAGAAGAAGGAAAUUGAGGACUUGUACACCCGGCUUGGGAAGCAGCCCCCGCCGGGUAUUGUGGCCCCCGCUGCUAUGCUCUCCAGCCGCCAGCGCCGCCUCUCCAAGGGCAGCUUCCCCACCUCCCGCCGCAACAGCCUGCAGCGCUCUGAGCCUCAGGGCCCUGGCAUCAUGCGAAGGAACUCCCUGAGUGGCAGCAGCACCGGCUCCCAGGAGCAGCGGGCAAGCAAGGGGGUGACAUUCGCCGGGGAUGUUGGCAGGAUGUGAAUUCAGAACAGAAGCCAUGUGUCUCCCCCACACCAGGGCCCACCACGGAACUUGUGCUCUCAGAAUCUGCUGACCAACACAACUCCACAAGGAAGACCCCAGCACUGAAGGAGUAGGCCAGAGGGGAAUGGAGGGUGUGGCUCCAUUAUAGGGAAAAGCCAAACAGGUGGAAACUAUUUACUGUGUAGAAGGUAUUAGUUCUGCAGCCUGCCAUCCUUACUCCUGCCACCUCCCCAGCCAAGGGUCAACCACUAAGCAAUCCCACCCAAGCUGAUAUUUCUAGAGGGCAAACUCCCAGCUGAGGAUGUGGAGGGGGUGUACUCACACCAGAAUUAGUGGCAGCCAAUAAAAAUGCUGGAAACUAGGA